AUGUCAUCAUCAAACCGCUUUUUGAUCUGGGGAGGAGAAGGUUGGGUUGCUGGACAUCUCAAGACUCUCCUCGAAAGUCAGGGAAAGGAAGUUUACACCACCACUGUUCGCAUGCAAAAUCGCGAAUCUGUCAUUGCAGAAAUUGAGAAAAUCAAGCCAACCCAUGUUCUUAACUGUGCUGGCUGCACUGGACGCCCCAAUGUCGAUUGGUGCGAGGAUAACAAGGAGGAGACGAUUCGAAGCAAUGUUAUCGGAACGUUGAACUUGACUGAUGUUUGCUACUUGAAGGGUAUUCACAUUACCGUCUUCGCUACAGGAUGUAUCUAUACCUAUAACGAUGAGCAUCCAAUUGGCGGACCUGGAUUCUUGGAGACUGAUCCAGCCAACUUUGCUGGCUCAUUCUACUCAGAAACGAAGGCCCACGUCGAGGAGGUUAUGAAGACAUACAACAACGCCCUUAUCCUCCGACUUCGAAUGCCCGUCAGUGAUGACCUUCACCCCCGAAACUUCGUCACCAAAAUUGCCAAAUAUGACCGUGUAGUCGACAUCCCCAACUCGAAUACCAUUCUCCACGAUCUUCUCCCUGCUUCCAUCCUCAUGGCCGAGCACAAAGAUACCGGUAUUUACAACUUUACCAACCCAGGAGCCAUUUCUCACAACGAGGUUUUGGCCCUCUUCAAGGAAUAUGUGAGACCCGAUUUCACAUGGAAGAAUUUCACAUUGGAGGAACAAUCCAAGGUCAUCAAGGCGGGACGAAGUAAUUGCAAGUUGGAUACUACCAAGUUGGUCAAGAAGUUGGGCGAGUAUGGGUAUGAGGUCCCAGAAAUUCACGAGGCGUACAAGGGAUGUUUCCAAAGAAUGGCUGCUGCCGGUACCAAAUAG